UCCAUUCUCUCCUACAGUUUUCAACCCUGCGUUCUCUUAGCGGUUGCCGCUGCCUCCCCGCAUUCCGCUUUUGCAUUCACAUGCGAGGGAGAAACAUCAUUUAGUUAAAAGCUAGGGCCCUCACAGGUUGGAGAAAAGCGGCAGACAGUCGUUAGCUAGGAGCCGAAGAGAUAGAGUAAUUUUUAGAGAGUUAAUCACAAAUGAUUGUUCCUUAAAACGCAGUCAAUCCUUUUUCUUACAUUGAGAACUAACAAAAUUAAAUCCUCGAGUAAAUGAAAAUCUCAGAUUUAAUUUAAAUCUCGUAGUCAAAAGUCCUUAGAAAUCCAAAUUUGCCAUAUUUUCCUUACAAUCCACCAGUCACCAUUUCGCUACUUCACUCCUCCACUCUGGCAGUCAGUAUGGACUAUCCGUACUUGAACCAGCCAACUUUUGACCCAAGUUGUUCACUGGGUGGCAUGGAAUUGCCAAGCUGCCAGUUGCCUUGCUCAUAUGCUGAUUUAGGUUCCUGCAGUCAGAUGACAUCGGCUGCAGCCUAUAGAUAUAGCACAGCAGCUGUUCCCCGAUCAUUUGGAGGUCCAACAGCUGUAGGUCCCCCACCUUGUGGUAUGGUGGCUGCCAGACCACGUCACGAUCAAGGUCCAGUCUCCGUCUUCAGCUCAGCAGGAAUGGCGUUGCAAAGUGGUUUGCCAUACAAAGUAUACACCGGCCAUGAUGGUGUGUUGACGGAAAAAAGAAAGCAAAGACGAAUCCGUACCACCUUCACAAGUUCUCAGCUGAAAGAGCUAGAAAGAGCCUUUCAAGAGACACAUUAUCCAGAUAUCUACACAAGAGAAGAAAUAGCCAUGAAAACCGAUUUAACGGAAGCCAGGGUACAGGUAUGGUUUCAGAACAGGCGAGCCAAGUUCCGCAAGCAAGAGAGAUUGAAUCAGCAAAAACAAGCUCAACAGUCUAGUGGUAAUAGUCAACCUAAUAACAACAGCACAAGCACUUCUAGUACGUCCUCGACUACUAAUAACGGCACAGAUAGUAUAGUAUCGAGCAUGAAAGAAGGGGGUACAGGAACAUCUUCCUGUAUUGCAAAAGACACAAAACCACCCGUCCUUUCGUCCAUGAAUACGGAUACAAAAGCUGUGAAUGGAAAAAUAUCUCCUGCAAUGAAAUGGAGCACAACACAUUGUCCUCAACAAAAACCUGCGGUGGCAGCAAUCAGUCCUCUGUCAUCACUAGCAACAUCUUGUCCGACAUCUUCUUUCCCAGGGGUCUUGGGUUCCGUUCCUUACUCUCUAUCAUCCAUUGAUACCAAACCAGCCCUAGCUUCUAUGUUUUGAUUGUUAGGGGGACAUUGAAAAAGGAAUAAAGUUAUCUUUCACUAUUAUGUGUUGCAUAAAAAGUUUACAGACAUCAGUCCAAUCCAUGUGAGAAUUGAAAAUUUACUAUGAAAUUUUGUAAUUAACAAUUCUCUAGAGACAGCUUGUAUAUAAUAUACAUUUCCUAUAAAGUUACAUCCGAAAUAUGGAAGCACUAUGAGGGUAUCUAGUCAUCGAUGCAGAUAUGAAGGUAGGUUGGUCGGAUGUAUUUAGUCAUUCAUUGAAGUACGAGGGUAUCAAGUUUGAGAGUGGUAAUUAUCAUGAGCUCUGUAAAAUUAUGAACUAUGUUAUCGGGAAGACAUGAUCACAGCUUUCACAGUGUUUGCCAGAAUUAACCUAAUGUUGUUACAAUUAAAAGUGUAUUAAAAUAUGCUAUAAUUUACUGUUUUAUUAAAAGCUUAUAUAUGAAUAGGCAUAAAAAACUAAAAAUAACAGAUUAUGAAUAAAUUUAAAGAAUAAAAAUGAAUCGUACAU